AUGUCAGACUUUACUGAAGCCAAUCGGAAAUACUUCGAUGACCUCUCAGCCACCUACAAAGAUCGGUUUGGCGAUGCUUUAAAAAUGCUAUCAGCGCAAACUUUGCAGCGUCGACAAUGGAUCAGCGAUCGGUGGACCGAUACAGAAGCCGGCCGAGGCCAGGAGAUCAAACUGCUCGAGUAUGCCUGUGGACCGGGAGUCAUCUCUAUGACCCUUGCCCCAUUUGUCACGGAAGUGAUCGGAGUUGAUAUCUCCGAUAAGAUGGUGGCCGAAUUCAAUCAAAAUGCCAAUACUCUCGGCCUUGCAGAAAAGGCGACCGGCUACAUGGCAGAUCUGCUUACGGAGGAUGCUCCAGCUGAAGCUAUCGACUCUGCCUGUACCAACCUGGACGUGCUGACGAUCAGCAUGGCCCUGCACCAUUUUGAGCAUCCGGACCACGCUAUGAAGAGCUUGGGACAGCGGCUGAAGAAGGACGGCGUAUGUUUCAUUAUCGACUUAGUGCCACAGGCUGGUGAUCAUGGAUCUGAACAUGAACACAAUCACGGACACCAUGGACACAACCAUGGACAUAGUCACGAACACAGUCACGAACACAGUCACGAUCACGGGCAUAGACAUGAGCACGGAAAUGAGGCUGAAUUUCCCGAGGCAGCUCACACCGUCAAGACGCAUGGCUUCUCUCGUGAAGACAUGCAGCAAUUAUUCCAAGGCGGUGGCUUCAACACUGGGUUUGACCACCAAGUCUUGCCUGAGCCACUGACGAUCCCCAUUGGUGGGGGCACAUUAUCCAAGACGGUGUUUAUUGCUCGGGCUCAGCGUGCAUAA